CCGCAACUUCGAUCAUCCAACAAAAGAAAGAAGCGAGAUAUUGAUUUACUGCAGAGGUUCCAUGUGAUAAAAAGUUGCCCAAGCCCGUGUCUGACAGAACAAAAGACUCGAUCACUGACAAAGUCUAUAUGUGUCUCACCCUCACCGACCCAAUCGGAUCCUGAAAGGCCCGCUGCAGACCAGGGCGUUCCUCUUACCCUUUGACUUUUUAGGUACAUAUACAUACAUAUUAUUCCAUCACCCCCAGCCUGCCGCAUCGCCUUGAAUGUUUGCCUCGACAUCAUCGCCUUCGCUGACUGACCGACCUCCCAGCCAGUCGUAGUAAAAGCGGGACACUCGUUCUCUUGCAAAAGACAGCCCGCACCCUGUCGUUAUCAUCAUCAUCACAACGUGUUCGGGUAUCCGCGGUUCUGGGUUCUCGUCGCCGGCCUCGUUAUUGACAGCUGCAAAAGGCGGCAUCCGGCCACAACAAGUUGAUGGACGCCUUGCCAGUCGAGCUUUUGAGGCUCAUAUUUUCAUCAUGCGAUCCCCCAUCCGUUAGGACUUUGCGAGAAACAAAUCGUACCUUGGCCGACGUGGGUUACGACUACCUGUUGCCCCCGAAGUUCACCAUUCUGGGCUACAGGGACGACAUCGACCAUCUGCACAGUAUCGCCUUGCAUGACCGCCUCCGAGGCAGCAUCGAGUCGAUAGUCAUCAAUCUUGCCGAGGUCGAUGAAUACUAUGCCAGACACUCCGCCUACUGCCAGCAUUUUGCUCAGCUUCCCGAAGAGCGCGCAGCUCUCCUCACGAGUGCAUUCGACGACUUUCGCAAGGUCCAGAGAGGUCGCAAGACGGCGGAUCCACUGCACACCAGAAGCGAUGACUUAAGAGAAGCCUUCACUGCUCUUCCCAAUUUGAAGGACGUGGCGAUCACCUUCACGCAAUGCCCCCUUGACGACAGCGUGGUGGUAAUGAGAGAGGUCUACGACAUGCCGAACUGCAGGAAAAUGGACCGUCCCCUGGCUUCCACCAAUCUUGACACCAUUAUAUUCGCGCUACAUGGCGUGCGGCUUUCAUCCUUCUCGGUCGACCGAUUCCCUUUGGAGAUGUUGAAAAACAAGGUCCAGCGGAAGCAUUGGUUUGCACAUGCCCAGUCGUUUGACAGCCUGUCCGAACUCAGCCUGACUCUGGAUCCGUCUGGCCUCGUGGGACCUUCGUCCGCCGUCAUGGCGGUCAACGGUCUGGGCUACCUUCUACAAGUAGCGAGCCAGUUGAAGAAACUCAAGCUCGCUUUCCACCCCUAUUCGAGCCCCGACUCCAAGUUCGCUCUCUCUUUCCGGGAACUAUUAAAUGGCUUCACUUUCACGAAACUCGAGGAGUUGACACUGGAAGGCGUUUCCUGCGACGAACAGGACCUGAGGGAGUUUCUCGCACGACACAAUGCGACAUUGCGGCGCCUCCGCCUGGGUGGACGUGGACUAGCUACGCCAGAUGCUGCCUCGAGUGGAGGCAUCCAUUUAUACGAAGGCAACUUCAAGUCUCUAUUCGCUGGGCUGCAUGUGAAGCUCCCCAACCUUGAGCGUCUACACCUGGAGGGCAUCUUCGAAUGCGAGCAUCGCGGCCUCCCCUCCCACGAGACCUACAACUUCUACCCCUUGACCAAUGAAUCCUGGGAAAGUGUGCCUUGUCCACGCUGGGUUCGAGCCUCUCGGAAGACCAUCAACUGCCUCCCUUUCGAACAAUUUGUACGAUUCGGCGGCUCGUACCCAGGAAACGCGCUGGCACAGAAUUUUUGAGACUUUUCCACAAGCCCCUCGACAGCAGGGAUCGAGGGCGCAAUAUAGAACUUCGCAUCAAUAUCACCUCACGAUGACAUGGCGUUUGGAGCAUGGUAUCUGCCGCUCGGAUAGCUGCACGACGAACCUUGAUUAUUUCGAACUACAGAACCACUCAUGAUUUAAUUGGGAGCGCUUGUACUCCUGGCGUUUGUAUCACUCGGGUGUGGCGAGCUCUGUUGCGGGCUUGAGAAAUCCGGCUUUUGCGUUGGUCGAUGUCGUCAUGCGGCAUGAACCUCAUCUCCUCUUCAAGGCAUUUGGAGCGUGAAACAGGUUGGGAUAUAGCAUGGCCUGGGGGAUAUAAAGGAACAGAAUGUAUAGAACGAAAGUCAAUUCCGAAA